AUGAGUUUGGACUCCCUAUUUCAACACAUCCUUCUGACUGAACAGCAAUUAACACAACAGACCAAAAGAAUCAGAGAAGCCCAGUCAGCCAUCAUCAGAUGUAAUGAGAAGAUCAAGUCCUCCACUGAAAUGUAUGAAAAAGCAAAAGAGGAAGUCAAGAAGAAGUCUCAGCAGGUGUCUGUGAUGAAGCUCCAGUGUGAUUUGAUGAAGAAAGGUGAAGACCGGCUUUUGAAGCAAAUGGAGGAACUGCUUUGCGAGAAGAAUCAUCUCACAGAACAUCUGGCUAAGAUCAUGAGAGAGUCUAAAGAAAAGGAGGAGAAGUUCCUUCAAGAGAUCUUCAGCUUCAACAGUGACUUCAGUCUAAGGGCAAGUGUGGAGACGGUGUUGGAGAACCAAACCCACCCUGAGAUGCUGAACCUGGAGAAGGAGGUGGAGUUAUUACACAAAGAAAUGGAGCUGACGAUUCAGAGGAACAGUCACAUGACUGCAGUGCUGCAGCAGAAGAGAACUCUGCAGCUGGACCUGCAGGGCCUGGAUAACAUCAGCAGAGAGUUGGAUCAACAGUUAAGUGACGCGGAAGCAGUGACAGAUUGUCUGCGAGCAGAGAGUCAGUUUGUCAGUCAGAAACAUCUCACUGACCCCACGUGCGUCAGGUUGAGAAAGGAGCUGGAGAUGUACAAAGAAGAUGAGCUGGAGCUUCUGCGACAAACGCUCGGCUCAGAAAUCACCUUCUUGCAGUCAAAGCUGGACAGCAGCCGGCAGUAG